AUAACCAAAAAAAAAAGAAAAAAAAAGUGUUCGCUAUGAAAUAUACAAUUGCUCUGUGCUUAGUGUUAGCCGCAGGCUGCAAUGCCUUCUAUUCCACCCAGGAUGUUGACUUCCAGCCAUUCCUGACGCGUCAGCAAAAUGCCAUGCGUUUCUUGAUCUCUGCUCACGCUGUCAAUACCCAUGCCGAUUUGGUCACCACCUGUUUUGAUGAAUAUCUCGACAAUCAGCAAAGUGCCAUGUUUAGCUACAACAAAGUUUACACCGGCUGCGUGAACACAGCUCAAUCGGAAAAAAAUGAGCUGACCGCCCAGAGUGCUGUGAUACGCCAGGACUUACUGUUUCGUAGCGAUAACAUGUGCGGUGUUCUCAGCAGCUGUGAUAAAUAUAUCGAUGGUCUCGAGUUCUUCGACUGCUACCGCAAUGCGUCCACUGACAGCUACAAAAUAAUGUUCACACUGAACAGCGAUGCGAAUAUUCAAUUCAAUACGAUUUCCGCUAAGUACGAUAUCAUCAAUUUCGAUCUGAAAACAUGCGUGGAUACUGCUCGUCUGGAUUAUGCACGUGAUCUUGAGAAAUGUGAUGCAGAUUUCAAUGCUUGUCUUAAUGGUGGUGCUGAGUCAAGUACUACUGAAGCUCCAGUCGUCACUACCGAGGCUCCAGUCGUCACUACCGAGGCUCCAGUCGUCACUACCGAGGCUCCCGUCCCCACUACCGAGGCUCCAGUCGUCACUACCGAGGCUCCAGUCGUCACUACCGAGGCUCCCGUCCCCACUACCGAGGCUCCAGUCGUCACUACCGAGGCUCCAGUCGUCACUACCGAGGCUCCCGUCCCCACUACCGAGGCUCCAGUCGACACUACCGAGGCUCCUGUCGUCACUACUGAGGCUCCAGUCGAUACGACCGAAGGUCCAGUCGACACUACCGAGGCUCCAGUCGACACUACCGAGGGUCCAGUCGACCCUACCGAGGCUCCAGUCGACACUACCGAGGCUCCAGUCGACCCUACUGAGGAUCCAGUUGACACUACCGAGGCUUCAGUCGACACUACCGAGGCUCCAGUCGACACUACCGAGGGUCCAGACGACACUACCGAGGCUCCAGUCGACACUACCGAAGGUCCAGUCGACACUACUGAGGCUCCAGUCGACACUACCGAGGCUCCAGUCGACACUACCGAGGCUCCAGUCGACACUACCGAGGCUCCAGUCGACACUACCGAGGCUCCAGUCGACACUACAGAGGCUCCAGUCGACACUACCGAGGCUCCUGUCGUCACUACUGAGGCUCCAGUCGAUACGACCGAAGGUCCAGUCGACACUACCGAGGCUCCAGUCGACACUACCGAGGGUCCAGUCGACCCUACCGAGGCUCCAGUCGACACUACCGAGGCUCCAGUCGACCCUACUGAGGAUCCAGUUGACACUACCGAGGCUUCAGUCGACACUACCGAGGCUCCAGUCGACACUACCGAGGGUCCAGACGACACUACCGAGGCUCCAGUCGACACUACCGAAGGUCCAGUCGACACUACUGAGGCUCCAGUCGACACUACCGAGGCUCCAGUCGACACUACCGAGGCUCCAGUCGACACUACCGAGGCUCCAGUCGACACUACAGAGGCUCCAGUAUCCAUUGAUACUACAGAGCCCCAGAUAUUCACUACAGAAAAGAUGCCAGAAGAAGACAUCGAUAUGAUGUCGCUGACCUUCGGAAAGCUUAUGAAUAAGCUGAAGCAUGUUUUCUAAACUUGCGU